UUGAAAAUGAAAAUGAUUAUUCAGUAGUGUAAAGUAAAGUAAGCAAGCGCUUUUAAUUUAAAUAAAUUUUGAGAACAGAGUAUUAAUUAGUAAGAAACUAUGGCAUGGCAAACCAUUAAAAAAACUUUUAACAAUUAUGAAUAUCAGGCAAGAGCAAAGAGGCAAUGCAAGCGCAAGUUAAAUUAUAAAACAAAAAAUUACGAAAAAUUUUCAAAAGUACAACUCAAUCUGAACCAAAGCUGUGACAAUAAAAAUUAUAGGAACUUAAGUGCCGAACACUUGUUGUAUCGAAAAGAUUUUGAAACUAAUGAAGAUGUUGAAAAUAUUUUAGCCGAUAUUUGUACUAACACGGAUUUUAAUUUAACAGCGAAAUCGUUUAAAUCUAAAAACGACGAAGUAAAUAAGAAAUUUUUCCAUAAACCACAUAACUUAAUCAAAGAAAAUUAUUGGUUUAAACCAUACUUGUUAAAAAAUUCAAAAAAUCCAACGCAAAAAUUAAACCAAUUAAUUAUAGAAGAAAAUACCUCAAGUGAUGAAGAAAAUAUUAAUCAAAUGGCUAGUUUAAUUAAAACGGGUAAUUAUGAAAACUCUCCUAACUGCAUUAGUACUUAUACAAAAAGUUUUAAACAUAAACAGUUGUUGCAUGCACGAAAAAAUAAUAGUUAUAAUUCCAAUACGUUGGGUAAUAACAUUAUUCAUGUAACUUCGGAUGACAGCGAUUCGACGAAAAGUGAUAAUGAGGUAAGUGAUCAAAUUAUUUUGGAAAGUUCGGGAAAUUCCAACGAAGAAUAUUCAAGAAAAGAAUUAGUUGGACAAAAAUCAUUAACACAAAAUGAUUCAAGUUAUAUAGAAGAAAACAAUAUAGAUUUACAAAUAUGUACAUUUGAAAAACAGCAACAACAAGGCAGAGAAACACCAUGUAGUGAACAUUCGCAACUAUUUUCAAAAAUUGAAAUAGACUACAUAAGCAGCGCCACCGAAAGCAGUACUGGUAAUUAUACGAAGAUUGUGAGUCAAACCUCAGUUGAGAAUGAACAUAAAGAAUCUGAUGGAGAGAAAGAGUUGGAACUGCUAAUCAGAGAUCUUCAAUCUUAUCACAAGGAUAAAAUUUUAGCAAAACGCAUUAAACCCAAAAAAGGGGGUUAUGUCGAAAAACUUCGAAGUGUUUUGAGAUCUGAUAGGUCUAAUUACUACUUUUGGAGAAAUGAACUUGAGAAUUCAAGAGUAGAAAGAGGGUUAAUUGGAGAAGUUGUUGAAGUUACCGAAAUUUUUAAGCAAACACUUCUAAAAAUUGCCUCACAAAAUGAAUGUUUUUUUAUAUUACUGGACUUAAAUAAUAAAAUAUAUAAAGGCCAGAAUUUUUGUGUUGGGACUAAAAUAAUUUAUGAUAUUAAUUCAGAGCCAUAUAUUUGUAAUAAUGUAAAAUUUUACAUUGGAGUAAGCAAAGUAAUAAGGUGUGAAUAAGUAUGUAUCUUUGUAAGGAAUGUAAAGUAUUUUAGAUGUUAUUCGAAUUGAAAUCUGUAUAAAAAUUUGCAAAUUAAUAAAACAUUACAAAUUAAAUUAUGUUAAAAUUACACAUGUACCUGCGUGUACAACUUGAAUAGUA